AACAAUUUGCGAAUAGAAAGCGUUUUUUUUCUUCCUUUUUUCUUCCGAAACAACAAACAAACAAUAACACAUUCCCAGAAUCUAUCUAUCUUAACCUACGAACGAACAACCACUAUUCUUUCUUUUUCAAAUUUAAUUUAAUUCUUUUUUAACGCCUAAUACGGAGUAUUAAUUAGUAGUAACACCAUUAUUCUUAUCAUUAUUAUCAUAAUUCCCCAUCUCACAAUCAUUAUCAUCAAGACAAGAAUUGAUUUGAUUUCAUUAUUACGUUAAUUAAUCAAUCAAUCUUUUCAUCUUCCUCAAUCUCCUCGCAUCGCAUUCCAGAUUUUUCUGCAUCAAUCCAUUUGGGGUUCAUUGUAGGGACCAGGCUAUUUGCCCUUGAUUUUUUGUGUCUGUGGAAGAAAAGAAGUGUUUUUGGAUGUGGGAAUUUUGAUGAAUUAUUUACUUAAAUGAAGUCAGAAAAGGGUUGGCGUUUAGGCAGUAUGGGUGAUAUGCAGAUAUUGCCCGGUUCUCGCCACCGUCCACACAUGAAGAAACCGACGUGGAUUAUUGUUUUGGUGUUGUUCGUAUGCGUCUUUCUAAUCAUGGCUUAUAUGUAUCCGCCGCAAACUAGUUCAGCCUGUUACAUCUUCUCUUCUAGAGGGUGCAAGACUUUUUCUGACUGGCUUCCACCUGUUCCUGCAAGAGAAUACACCGAUGAGGAGAUUGCAUCGCGGGUUGUUAUUAAGGAUAUUUUGAACUCACCGCCGGUUAUUGCAAAAAUAUCAAAGAUUGCCUUUAUGUUUUUGUCGCCCGGUUCUUUGCCAUUGGAAAAAUUGUGGGACAACUUUUUCCAAGGUCAUGAAGGGAAGUUCUCAGUUUAUGUGCAUGCUUCCAAGACUAAACCAGUUCAUGUGAGCCGUUACUUUGUCAAUCGGGAUAUACGCAGUGAUCAGGUGGUGUGGGGUAAAAUUUCUAUGGUUGAUGCAGAGAGACGGAUAUUGGCGACUGCCCUUCAAGAUCCUGAUAACCAGCACUUUGUUUUACUUUCUGAUAGCUGUGUGCCUCUGUAUCAUUUUGACUAUAUUUACAACUAUCUGAUGCAUACGAAUAUCAGCUAUGUAGACUGCUUUAAGGAUCCUGGUCCUCAUGGGAAUGGGAGGUACUCAGAGCGCAUGUUACCUGAAGUUGAGGUGAAAGACUUUAGAAAGGGUGCACAGUGGUUUUCUAUGAAGCGGCAGCACGCUGUUAUAGUUAUGGCUGACUACCUGUAUUACUCAAAAUUUCGGGCUUACUGCCAGCCUGGUUUGGAGGGGAGGAAUUGCAUUGCUGAUGAGCAUUACUUGCCAACCUUCUUCCAGAUUGUUGAUCCUGGUGGAAUUGCAAACUGGUCAGUAACCCAUGUUGACUGGUCUGAGAGAAAAUGGCACCCAAAAUCAUAUAGGGCUCAUGAUGUUACUUACGAGCUUUUGAAGAAUAUCACGUCCGUUGACGUUAGUGUACACGUCACCAGUGAUGAGAAGAAAGAAGUGCAAAGUUGGCCUUGCUUAUGGAAUGGGAUUCAGAAACCAUGUUACCUAUUUGCUAGGAAGUUCACUCCGGAAACACUGGACAAAUUGUUGCAUCUAUUUUCCAAUUAUUCAACACCUUGGACUUGAAUCCUAUUCGGCUAGUUUGAUCGAUUCUUUGCAUUAUUGAGGCUUGAUCGCCUGCCGGCCGCAGAUAUUGGGUCCAAGUUAAACUGGCAUUGCAGUUAGGGUGGCCUGAGACAAUGACUGGAUGCUAACAAUGUAGUGUUGCUUCCUUGGGGAUCUUUGGAUGACAGAACUAAUAUUUUUCCCUUCCAUUUUUGGUUAUAUAAGUUUUAUAUUUAACAGGUUAAAUUUUGGGGGAAUCAUAUCAGCUCAUAUAAUGCUUGAUGAUCUUUGUAAAACUGGCCAAGUGUUAAGUUGAAAAAAUACAACACUCUACUGUCUAUCUAUUCAGUGUUUUUAUAUACUCCCUCGGUGCCUCUUGUAACUUGUAAAUGUUUAUAUUUUAAACUAUGAAUUUGAACUA